AUGGCUUUGGCGCGAACUUUUAAACUUAAUACAGACGCGUUGAUUCCUGCUAUUGGUUUGGGAGUACCAGCGCUAUCAGUGAUUUCAAGGGAUUCUAAAGACUCGUUUUAUAAAGGCUCGGUUUAUCCUUUGCAAUACAAAGUAAAAAAAUUUUUAAACCUUGGAUUUCGUCAUAUUGACACCUCACAUUAUGUAAAUUUCACGAAUACAAACGAUGGUCCUAUGGGAGGGGGAGUCCGCUCGUCAAAAGUUAAACGCGAAGAUAUUUUUAUAACGCAAAAGUUAUGGAAUAAUCAACAUCUUCCAGAACAAGUAACGAAAUCUUGUGAAGCCUCAUUGGGGCGUAGUAAAUUGCGUUACUAUGAUUUAUACUUGAUGCACUGGCCUAUAGCACUCAAAGAUGCAACAAGAGUAAAGACCUCAGAAACCGACAAAGCUUCGGAAGCUAAAGAGACAAAGACGUCGGAGGCCAAAGUAACAGAGACUUUGGAAGCCAAAAAUAAUCCAGAGAACCCUGAUAAGAAAUCCAAAGCUCCAGCUGAAAUAGAUGACUCUAUUGAUUUCGUAGAUACUUAUCUCGCAAUGGAAUCGUUGGUGAGGUCAGGACAAGUCAAAGCUAUUGGUGUUGCAAAUUUUGGGAUAAAACGAUUGGAAAAGUUGUUGAAAAAGGCGAAAAUACCACCUGCUGUAAAUCAAGUUGAAAUGCAUCCAUAUCUUCCUCAAAACGAGCUCUUGGAAUUCUGCAAAUCACAUAACAUUCAUGUAACAUCAUCUUUACCUUUUGGUAUUGGCAAGUCAUCAUUAAGAUCCGAUGAGAUCAUCACGAAAAUCGCAGAAAAAAACAAAAAAAGCAAAUUUCAAGUUCUCGCCGCAUGGGCUGUACAACGUGGCACUUCAAUUAUCACGGAUGGAGCAUUAGAUAUUAUUGCGGAAAAAGUUUUUCAAGAUUAUGUGCUUCCCGAGGAAGAUUUCCAACAGAUAAAUGAGUUGAGUGAAACGAAAAACGUAAGAUAUAUCACUCGUAAGGGUUGGAACUUCGAAUGGGAUUAG